CGUGAGUCGGCUUAGCGUGAGGCUGCUUUGCGACUCAGGUUCCGCCGGCUUCACUCACGGCACCCUUGGCCCACUCCUGUGCAAACCCGUCCACGUGAGGAGGUGAAGCUCAAACUCGCUCUUGCGACUGAACGCAGCAGCUCCCCUAGAAGCCACGGCUGAGUGACUCCCCAGAGGCAACCCCAGAGUCCCGAAGACUCGUCCUGCGUUCCUGCGCCCCACCGCCCCGCGUCGGCCUCACCUGUCAAGCCGACCUGUCACUGCCUGCAGGACCCAGCCCUCUGUCGCCUUCUGCCAGGUCCCAGGCCCGCGGCGACACUCACAUGAUGGGCUGCCGACCGCGCAGCCCCACCGCCUACCCUGAGGACCCGUGGGAACCGCAGGACGGAGGACCCGGCCCUGCCAAGCGCCCCAAGUCCGAGUCUGAGGCGGCGCCCAGCCUGGAUAACCUGGCCUGGUCCCCGACAGCAGGCACCCUCAUCUUCGUGGCUGUCCUGCCGGCGGGAUGUGCUCUGCACGUGCUCCUGGACGACGUCGAACUGCUGCUGGAGCCCGAGCCAACGUCUGUGAGGCAAGUGUGUCUCGGAGGUCGCAUCCUCAUGCUGGUUCCCGAGGCCCUCCUGGGCUCGGGUGUGGAAGGGCCGUGGGGGCAGGGCCUAGAACCGGGCGCUGUCCUGAGCCCUCCCGGGGAGUACGUGGCCCUGGAGCCGGAACUCUCCUGUGCCGCUGUCCCAGAGAUCGCCUGCCAGGGAGAGGCCAGCGAGGAGGACGCGAAUGCUGACGCUGACUUCCUGCUGGGCUGGAUGGAUGCUGCCUCAGUCCCAGUCGCUGAGCUCCGCUGUUCUGCUGAAAGUUUGACUCACUUUGACCUGUUCGACAUAGUCUCAGAGCCCUCCCCUUGGGCCUCCAAUCCUAGUCCAGAGAGAGGCUCUCCUCAGCACGAUGACAACCUGGACUUGCACCUUCUGGAGCCCUUUCCUGACUCACCACUCCAACCUCUACCUCCUUCUCCGAGUCCAGGUCCCCAGGAGCGCCCCUGUCGCCCUCCUGGUCCUCCUUGCCAGUUCCUGGACACCUGA